AUGACCCUCGACUCCUCGGACUCUUCCACCUCCUCGCUUUCCUCGCCGCUCUCCUCCGUCCCUUCCAGUCCCCCCUCGAGCCCGCUAUCCUCGCUGGCAUCGCUUUCCCCCUCGCCGCCGCCGCCCGAUGUUUGCGAGAUGCUGUGCCCGACGCGCGCAAACUCCGCGCCCUGGCCUUCACCACCCGCAUCCCAGAACACCUCACACCGCGGCUCUCCAGCGACAGAUGGCAUGGCCUCCAGCACAGAUGUCGACAAGGACGGCCCACCACCUGCGAAGAGGAGGCGGAUAUCCAAAGAGCGUUCUACCGAGUAUCUAGACCUGCGCAGGGACACUGUGCACCCUGAACAACAACCACAACUCGACCGUCUGCUUAAUGUACUACACAAGCGCCAGAAAAUUGUCGUCGUCGCUGGCGCCGGCAUAUCAGUAUCUGCAGGCAUCCCUGAUUUCCGCUCCGCCCAAGGCAUAUUCCGAAGUCUGAAGGAGGAGUACAACCUGAAGGGAUCUGGGAAAGAACUGUUCGACGCGUCUGUCUACAAAGAUGACAACUCUACAUCGUCAUUCCACGAUAUGGUCAGCACCAUGUCGCGUCUCACCAAGGACGCCAAGCCCACUGCAUUCCACCAUAUGUUGGCCACGAUUGCCCAGGAGGACCGUCUGCUGCGCCUGUACUCGCAGAAUGUCGACGGCAUCGACACAUCACUCGAUCCAUUGAAAACAUGCGUCCCCCUCAGCAAGUCUCAAGAUGAUGGCAAAUGGCCUCGAACUGUUCAGCUGCACGGCGGCCUCGACAAAAUGGUGUGUUCAAAGUGCCACGAAUUGGCGAAUCUGGAUCCGGAACUGUUCACUGGCCCAAUCGCGCCGCUGUGUCCCAGGUGUGAGGAGAUUAACGAUAUCCGCACAAACCAUGAGGGCAAGCGAAGCCACGGUAUUGGCAGAUUGCGCCCGCGCAUGGUACUCUAUAACGAGCACAACCCUGAUGACGAGGCAAUCGGAGCAGUCACCAAGGAAGAUCUGCGCAAAAGGCCUGACGCAGUUAUCGUUGUCGGCACAACAUUGAAGGUCCCUGGUGUUCGCAGGAUCGUUCGAGAGAUGUGCGCAACUGUCCGCGAUCGAAGAGGUGGAGUCGCAAUCUGGAUCAACAACGAUCCACCCCCCACUGGCAAGGACCUGGAGGAUUGCUGGGACAUUGUCAUACAAGGGCCAAGCGAUAAGGUGGCGAAACAUGCCGCCAUGCGCAAGUGGGAUGACCCCGUACUGUCCGAGUCUUUCUCAGAGGUCAGCGAGGAGGAUGCUAGGAAAGUCGCCAAGAAGACUCUGAGCGUCGCAUUGUCUCCCAGAUGUGCCAUCAAACACGCCGUCAAAGAGCCUCUGCCUUCGGACCAACACAAGAACAACAGCUUCCGGCCGCCUUUGCCUACGGAAACGCCACGGAAAGCGUUGGACCAUGGUCCCGAAGAUUGGAGCCCCAUCGUCAGCCGGAGCUCAUAUAUUCUGCCCAGCAUAGAAGAUGGGUCUUUUGACGGUGAUAGUAUUGCUGUUAUCUCCCCACGCAGCGUGCCGGUCGCAGGCUUAUUGACACCAUCGAAGUCACGGAACAAUUCUCCGGCCAAGAAAGAAAUAGCGAAUAAGAAAAAGAUGACCUCGAUGACAGAGAAGCUCAAGGACGGCACGAAUAAGAAACAGACAACUACGAAGACCAUGAAGACCGCGAAGAAAGCAGCACCUGUCAAAGCGACCAAGAAAAGUAACGUCAAGUACGUGAAGCCUGCUCUCGGUCAAAAGAAAACCCAGGUCAAGGCGAAGGCACAGCCCAAAGGAAACUUGACCAAGUCUUUCAAAUCUAGCAAGGCCUCGAAGUUGGUUGGGAAGACUGAUAAGAACGACCUUCCAAGUCCGAAUAUGAGCCCUAGCAAGCUGCGGCAGGUCUCCAAUGCGUCUUCCGAACCCAUGCAUCCACUAUCGCCACUCGACCCGCGCAUCAACGGCUCGUCGGUGUCACUAUCGAACGAUUUGGAGAAAGAUGGGGCAUCGUUUGACAAGCUGCCAUAUUCGGAGAAUCAGAGACGGAACUCGAAGAGUCGGAUGAGCGUUUCCAGCAUCAUCAACUGA